UACCCGGAAGUGUAUGCUAAAUGAAUGCAGGUAGCUAUGAGCUACGCACUGUAGGAUUAUCUCUGCUGUGACUGCAGAGGUGUGUUGAUGACAGAGCUGCCAAAAAUAUAAGUGAGUGUCUGGUAAUACCUCUGCGGCGAGACCUGACGUUGAUUAAACCACACCUAGGAGUUUGGUCAGGCCAAAGCUUAGUGUUUGGCUGGUUCGAAUAUGGCUCUGUCAUUCCUUUUGGUCUUGGCUGCAACUGUGAUUCUUAUCAGACCUGAGACACCUGUAACUAAGGCCCUACAUCAGAACUCACUUGAGUGCUGUGGAGAUAAACAGAGAGUGAACAAUUCAUGUUCAAAUGACACUCACUGUGAACCAGGAUGCUUCUUGCGUGUCCUUGAGAACAGCAACACUGUUUGCAUAUUCUGUGACUCAGCAGCUGUGGAUUUGGAGAACAUAACAGUCUGCACGUACAACUAUACGGUGGAGAAGAAAAACCAUACAACUGUAACUACUGUCAUUCCCAAAAUUGGAGGGCCAGGUGUGGCAGCCUCUCUUCUUCUGGGAACACUGUUGAUCAGCCUGUUCCUGAUCCUCUCCGUUGCCUCCUUUUUCUACCUCAAACGCUCCAACCGACUCCCGAGUAUCUUCUACCGCCGCAACAAGGCCUUCAUAUUCCAACCAAGUGAGACAGCUGUCAUGAUCCCCUCCUCGUCAGUGAGGAAGCCAAGAUAUGUGAGAAGGGAGCGGCCCUCCGCAACAUCAACACUGAAUAGUGCCACCGUACCCACCACAUCUACUACUCAAGUCUAUAAUGGGUAGGAGGAGGGGUGGGAGUGCUGGUGCAGGUAGGAGAGAACGCUCAGGAACGAUGUUAGAUUUUCUUAUCAUGUGAAGGUUCAGCCGUGUGAAGACCAGUUGACUUGUACAUGGGUGGCCAAAUGUAACUGUAGCUGCUUCGGCUGCAUUCUUGUCACCAGGGCUGUUUACUUUUUCUGUAUUUAACAAGAGUUAGAUAUUGAAGAAGAUCAGUAUCCAGUAACUAACCUGUCUACCCAUCUUCCUGACACAGUCUCAGAGUUGUUCCUAUUAAAUUAGUUUUUAAAUUUUCUGUUAAAGGAAUAGUUCAACAUUUUACACUUAAAUGUAAAAUGUCUCUGGUGGAGAGCACCAGCACCUCCAAAGCUCACUAAUUAACAUGUUAUGUCUCUUUCAAGCUGUAUAAAAAACAAAAUCCGAAGUGGAAAAACCACAGUUCCCCACUAUGGGCCAGACUAUUUUCAGCGAAUCGUUUUCCACUUUUUUGUACAGAUUAAACAAACGAGAUAUAAUGUUGUAAUUAGUGAGCUUUAGGGGUGCUGGUAGGUUUUGUUAUUUUGUUCCUGUUGGACAGAGCCAGGCUAGCUGUUUCCCCCCGUUUCCAGUCUUUAUGCUAAGCUAACCAGCUGCUGUAGCCAUAUUUUUAACAGAUAGCACUAUCACUAGCACUAACUCAAAAUGGAGCCAGUGGCCAAGUCGAGUAAAUGAUUUUUUGAGACAAAGUGACAGCCCAGUGACAUUUGAUGGAAGCCUGUUCUUUUUAAGUUUGCUAAUUAGGAAGUUUAUUUGGGAGUUUUCUCUUCUUUUCUUUUUUUAUAUGUGUAUUUGCAUUCUGUAACUGUGCACUGAGUUUUACUGAUUACAAUCAGAACAACAGAAUAAGUGAUGUGUCUAACAGCAGCAGAGUUCCUCUGGUGGACUGGGACAUUUUAGGGAGAGUUACUGCAGGUGCUGUAUGGAUGAUUGUUUGAUUGCUUUUUUUGUGUUUUUAUUAUUGCAUUUGUAUUUAUUAUUUUUGUGAGCUUAAACCACAGUGAGUGUCCUACACUUGUACAACAAAUCAUGCAUCGCAGCUGCACGCAUCAUGAAUUGAAUUCCACAACAGACCCACUCAAUCAUGAAAGAGGUGAAGUCAUUUUCAAUAACAAAAUCAUGUUUUUUCACAGGACGUUCUGUGAUCCUACAUAACAUUUUAAAACGGCAAUUUUGUUUCAUGAAGUAAAUUUAAAUUCCAAUAUAUUUUUCUCUCAAAAUAUAAAACUACUGAAUCCUCGUGCACUUUUUUUUUUGUCUGAGGUCAUCAGCUAAUUUUUAAAAGAAGUACUCGAAGUAACUUGUUGCCAUCAAGUGUGAUUGAGAGUUUUUUGUUGUAUGGCAACAUUAUUGUUGCAUUGUGAACAUAACUUGACUACUAUUAACUUUUGCCAAAUGUUGUUUGAAGAAAAUGGCCUUUACUGUGAUUACUGUGCCAUUAUGAGCUUUAACUGCAGCCAGGAAACGUUUAGUCAAGACGUGAUGAAUAAUGGGGUAUUUGAAUUAUAUCCAGUGGCCUUUACUGUACACAAUUCCAAAACAAGGCAAGUUAUCCAUGUUUUAUUUGCUCCAUGGUAUUUUAUUUCAUAUAGUUUUAUACCUUGACAACACAAAGGCUAUAACUAGUCAUUUCCGUUUUCAGUAUAUGUGAAGCCAUAUGAAGUGAACCAGAUAAAAGGCAUCAAUCAUUCCAUGAAUAUUCCCCUUUUUUGCUUCAUGUGUUUGCUGUUGUACAGACAACCAUAAGCUGAAUACAUGUACAUAUUGUUUUAUACAAAUUAUGUAUUGUUUUUGUAACAAUGUACAAAUUCUAGUUUCAUUGCCAUGAAGAAUGUUCUGAAGAUGUAUGUAAUGUUUGGAGAAAUAAAGCACCUUUCCAUAA